UUAAACCUUGCUUAUGAGGAGAUAAUUCCUGAUGCAACAAUUUCAAGAGUCAAUUUCCAGAUUGCCUCCUAUGCCUGAAGUGCUGCCAACAAUUGUGUUGCCACCACCUCUGAGAAGAGCUCCAGAUAGACCAAGAGUAAAUAGAAGAAGGGAAGCUGAUGAAAAUACUUGCAUAGCACAGGCAAAGAGGUCAAACACUCUUAAGUGUGGAAAUUGUGGAGCUUUUGGUCACAACAAGAGGACUUGCAAAGGAGCACCUAUGCAGAAAAGGAAUAGCAAUAGUGCUCCUACUGAACCAGUAUACAUUGGACAAAAUAUGGUAAUAAUAGCUGUAUUCUAACUAUUACUUACAGUUAUACUGAAUUUGGUAUCACAAAUGGCAAACAGAAGAGGCAGACCAGGUAGAAGAAUGGCUAAUGUGGGUUUGUCAGGAGCUGUUCUUUGGGAUCAUGCACGAGGAAAUGUACCUAUUGUGCACUCCAGUCAAGGGAGCAAUCCAAGUCCUCCAAGUCAUAAUGGAGCAGUACAUGGUACAUGUUCAAGUGAAUGUGCAAACUAUUGCAACUACUCAUGCUAAUAGAAAGAGAGGAAGGUCUUUUGGACACAAUCUUGCAACUUCUGUAGCAAGCAUUGGUGGUAGGACCAAAAAAUCCAAGUCUGCUCUAACUAAUCCAGUUGUUCCAGUUCCACCUGUCACAUCUCAAAAUGCUGUAUCUGUUAGCAUAAACGCAUCUACAAAUGAGCAUACCAAAAACAUUAGUAGUACCAGUAGUUUUAGCAUGCUGUUUUGACAAGCUUGCUGAGUUCUAGGUGUUAGCUAUGUCUACUUGAAACUUUUCUGUUAAUGCUUUUGUUAAUGUCUUCUUAUAGUCAUUAAGAACUGUGGAA